AACUUUCUUCUGCCGUCAGGCAUUUGUAUUCUGGCCAUACUCUGUUCAGCGCACAGUACAUAUAAAACCAUCAUGAAGGGAAUGCAGAAUCUGCCUGAAGAGACGAGUUAAACUUUUUCAUCAACUCUGGCUAGCUGCAGCAAAUCAGUUGCAAAAUGUCGCACCUGAGCAUUCUGACCUUCAAAUACAAUCUGGCCAAGCUCCGGUUCAAGCCUGACCGGCCAGCCGGAAGGCUGCUGUCCUCCAAGGACCGGCUGCCCUCUGACCUCUCGAUGUACAAGCUUGAGGACGACGAGAUGAGGAAAGUGUUCAAAAAGAUCGCCGGUGAGUCUGGCCGGGUCUCCAGGGGCGAUCUUCAGGCGCUCCUGCAGAGGUUCGAGAAAGCUGACGCUGCGGGAGAGGCGCGGCAGAUGAUCUGUGCUGCCGACACCAACAAGGACGGGUACAUGGACCUGGAGGAGUUCAUGGAGGUCCACAGGAAUGGCGUGCAGCUGGGGGACAUACGCCGGGCCUUCUUCGUGUUCGACAGGGACAGAGAUGGCAGAAUUACUGCAGAGGAGGUGAUGGACGUGCUGCUCAAGCUGGGGGAGAGGUGCAGCAUCGAGGAAUGCCGGAAGAUGGUGAAAGAGAUCGAUAGGAACCAUGAUGGAUUCGUGGACAUGGAUGAUUUCAUGGCCAUGAUGACUCGCCCAAGGAAGAGGGCUUGAGCAUCCGGAUCAUGGACAUGCCUACUUAUUAUAGUACUAUGUAGUAACGUCAAUAAUCUACCAGACUGAAAACAAUGCUGGUUUAGCUCGUCUGGGAUGCUCAUCUCUAAACAUGUUGUGUGUAACAGAACUGGGCAUAUGGUUGUGGCCAUGAUAAAGAAACGUAAUAACAAAGCGCCUCUAUAUUUAAAAACUUAACCAUCAAA